AUGCGAAACACUGUGAUGGCGUUUGUGGGAGACUCGUUAAACGACAACAUGUACGAGGGUAUCGUGUGCCUCCUGCAGGCUACAACACGGGUAGUGUUCAAGAAGGUCAAGUUCGGCAAUCGGAGACUCGGGUCCUACUUUGUCCCGAAUUACAACCUCACCACUCUCACCAUCAACAGCGGUUACCUGGUUCAAAGCCCACGAUAUACCACCAACCACAAGACAGCGGUCUACACAAUGAACCCCAAGUGGGCCACGCUCCUCCCUUACACAGACGCCAUCGUGUUCAACGCGGGCCACUGGUUCUUCCAUCCGCCCAAGGACCAAACCACUCCCUGGUAUCCAAUCCCAGUCAUGAGCAAGGCGCUGGUAACCGUGCGAGACUAUUUCGCCAAGGCGAACUACAAGGGAGCAGCCGUGUUCUUCACCUUCUCCCCCGUUCACGAGAAGGGCUACUGCAACGCCGCCCAGCCGUUCCCGCCGAACGUGCAAGCGGAAAACACGCUGAUGAGCUUCAUCAUGCCUGCCAUGAAGAAACAGGUCACUGUUAUGAAAAGAUCAACCAUGAAAGUAGCGGAAUCAGAAGGAACUUCAAGUGAGGAGGAGGAGGAGGAGGAGGAGGAGGAGGAGGAGGAGGAGGAGGAGGAGGAGGAGGAGGAGGAGGAGGAGGAGGAGGAGGAGGAGGAGGAGGAGGAGGAGGUUAUACGAGGAGGAGGAGGUUAUUGA